AUGACUAAUGAUAAUCGUGUUGGUUCAGGAAAUGGAGGAUUUCAUAGCUAUCGCAGAUUCCCACAACCAACCCCUGCCCGUUCCCCUUCCCCUGAUAUGGAGAGAAGCAUGGGAAUGCCUGCUCAUCUCAACCAGGCAAUUACUGAAUGCAUCACUCGGGAGCAAGACCGAUUCAUGCCAAUAGCAAACGUGGUCAGAAUCAUGCGCAGGAUCCUUCCUUCCCAUGCCAAAAUAUCCGAUGACUCCAAACAGACCAUACAAGAAUGUGUCUCUGAGUUCAUCAGCUUCAUAACAUUGGAAGCCAACGAUCGUUGCCAGAGUGAGCAGCGCAAGACCAUCACCCCUGAAGACAUUCUAUGGGCCAUGAGCAAGGUUGGUUUUGAUGACUACAUUGAACCCUUGACUUUGUACUUGCAUCAAUAUCGUGAGUUUGAUGGUGGUGAGAGUGAAUCCCUGAGAGGGGAGCCUUUGUUGUUGAAGAACCAAAUGGCGCAUCACCAUGGUUACUUUGUGUCUCCACCACCAAUGGGAAACAAUGAUAUGCAGGGGGAUGCAUCAAAUGGAAGCACUUCUCAGUGUGCAGUGGCUUCAGUGGAUAGUGCCGUUGAAUCUCCUGUGGAGGAGGGGAAGGAGUGA